AUGUUGUUGAAGGUGGUAGCUGUCUUCAAUUUGUCACAAUUCAAUUUAACGGUGAACACUACAGCAAAUCAUGUGGUGGAUCGAUCUACUCCUGCCUUUUGCUCGGACGGGUUCUCCUGCGUCAUUUCUAUGCAUGACGGUGUGGUGAUGUAUACUACAUCUUCAUUGACUGCCACUCUUGGAUUUCCAAAAGAUAUGUGGAUUGGCAGGUCCUUCAUUGACUUCAUUCAUCCUAGGGAUCGCAGUACGUUUGCGUCGCAGAUCACCAGCGGUUUGGCUGUCCCAAAGAUUGUUAAUGGUACGCAAAUAGAAGCUCAAUCGCCCGCUAAUUCGAUAUCGUCUAUGGUAUGCCGUAUCAGACGUUACAGAGGUUUGACAUCCGGAUUCAGUGUCAAGGAUAGAUCUGUGAGCUACAUGCCAUUCUUGCUCAAGCUCUCUUUCAAAGACAUUAACGAUGAAGAGCGCAAAGUUAUAUACUUGGUGAUUCAGGCUACACCAUUUUUCUCGGCGUUUAAAACGCCCCAUGAAGUGGUGACCAAUGCAGUACCGUUUGUGAUGAGGCAUGCAGCGAAUGGUAAUAUUGAAUACAUGGAUCCAGAAUCUGUGCCAUAUUUAGGAUUCUUACCACAAGAUCUAGCGGAGACUGAUGCCCUUCGAUUGUACCAUCCGGAAGACCUCAGUUACAUGCGCCAGGUGUAUGAAAUUAUUGUCAAAGAAGGUGGCCUCCCAAGAUCUAAAGUGUACAGGAUGAUGACGCAAAACGGGGACUACAUAAAGUUGGAAACGGAGUGGUCUUCUUUCAUAAACCCUUGGUCUAAGAAACUCGAAUUCGUCAUUGGCAAACAUCAUUUAAUAGAGGGUCCAGCUAGUCCAGAUGUAUUCCAAGUUUCUGACCCUGACAAAGCACCCAAGUUGUCCGACGAAGAUAAGAACAAGGCAAUAAUGUUCAGAGAAACUAUCAUUCGGAUCAUGAACCAGGUACCGACUAAACCAGCGGAAGCGGCAAAACAGCAAAUGAGCAAGCGAUGUCAAGAUCUUGCGUCAUUCAUGGAAAGCCUUAUGGAGGACCAACCCAAGACAGAUGAAGAACUACGAUUAGACAUACAAGACCCUGAUCACAGUUAUUAUGAACGAGACUCCGUGAUGCUUGGAGGUAUUUCUCCCCACCACGACUAUAAUGAUAGUAAAUCCAGUACCGAGACACCUCUUAGCUACAAUCAACUCAACUAUAACGAAACAUUACAAAGAUAUUUUGCCAGUCAUCAGCCACAUUCGUAUGAAGACUAUAAUACAGUUGCAGCAGAAAAUAUUCUGGGGUUGAAGGAUUCGAAACCUGUUUGA